AAAGCCCUGCUGCCAGAUGGAGCCAUGUGCAGUCGAUUUUUGGAUUAAUCAGCGUAAUCAUCUCCCCAGCAGCAGCAAUCAUGAAGUACCUAGCUCUGACCCUCUUCGUGUGCCUUAUGGCCAUCGCUCUCAUUUCUGCCGUGCCCGUGGAUGAGUCCCUGAUCGGCGACAAUAUCUACCAGCCUGCCUUCGACGAUGUCCAGCGUCCCCAGGAUCCGCAGGCCAUCUUCAAGCUGAAGAAGCUGCUCAAGCUGAAGAAGCUCCUGGGUUAGGGGAAAUUCCCAAUAAGCUCCGUUCAGAUUCUAGUCCAGUCAAUUGGGAACCUUGCCUCCCCCACUGCAUUCGAUUUUCAAACCGUUUUGUUUAGACAAUACCCCAUAAGCACAAGCACACACACAAAAGCACAUACAUACGAGUAAAGUAUACGUAAUCGUAAAUAAAAUAAAUGUUAUGAGAUCUCCAUGUGUGUCCAAAAA